GAUUGACCUGUUUCGCCCUUCUCGCGUCGUCGUCUCUCUGGAUCUCGCAUCACGCACCGGCGGGCUACACUCCUUUUUUGGAACAACGACUCUCGAUCCAUCCCUCCCGACAGGCCCGCUUACGAUAUCUCCGAGCCAUCCGCCGCCCGGCCUUGCCAAUCAAGAUGCCCGCUCGAAUCCUUCCCACCUUCACCCGCGCCGAGGUCGAGGCGCACAAUACUGAAGGAUCCUGCUAUGUUACCAUUGGUGACAAGGUCUACGACAUCACCGACUUCGUUCAGGAUCACCCUGGCGGUCCCGAGUUUGUGCUCGAAUACGCAGGAAAGGAUGUCGAGGAGAUCCUGAAGGACGAGGUCUCCCACACCCACUCUGACUCGGCCUACGAGAUUCUCGACGAAAGCCUCGUUGGUUUCGUCGUGAACGAGAAGUCCGUCAACGGUUCAGCUACCAAGACGAAUGGCGUCGCAACUGGAUCCGAGACGAAGGACGGCAAGGCCGAAUGGGUUCACCCUCGGACCGGCAUGUCGCGCGAGGAGGACUUGAGCAAGGACACCGACUACAACUCGGACUACAAGACGCACAAGUUCCUCGACCUCAGCCGGCCACUGUUCCCCCAGAUCUGGUUCGGCGGAUUCGACAAGGACUUCUACCUCGACCAGGUCCACCGCCCGAGACACUACAAGGGCGGUGCCUCUGCACCCCUAUUUGGAAACUUCCUCGAGCCUCUUUCGAAGACGCCCUGGUGGGUGAUCCCGACCAUCUGGCUGCCUCCCGUCAUUUACGGCACCAUCCUGUCGCGGGAAGGCCUCAACAGUCCUCUCGAUGUCGCCAUGCAUUUUAUUGGAGGCUUCUUCCUCUGGAGUCUGCUGGAAUAUGUCCUCCACCGGUUCCUCUUCCACCUCGAUGAUUACCUCCCCAACAACCGUGUCGGCAUCACCGCCCACUUCCUGCUCCACGGCAUCCACCACUACCUGCCCAUGGACAAAUACCGCCUGGUCAUGCCGCCGACCCUGUUCGUCGUUCUUGCGACGCCAUUCUGGAAGCUGGCCCGCAUUGUCUUUGCCUACAACUGGUACGCCGGCACCGCCGUGUACUGCGGAGGCAUCUUCGGCUACGUCUGCUACGACCUCACGCACUACUUCCUCCAUCACCAGAAUCUCCCGCUCUGGUACAAGGAUUUGAAGAAGUACCACCUCCAGCACCACUUCCUCGACUACGAGCUCGGCUUUGGCGUCACGAGCAAGUUCUGGGACCGCGUCUUCGGAACCGAGCUGGUUCCUGUUGUCAAGACUGCCUGAUCGGGGAGACGAGCUUUUGCAGAGUGAGGAUUCAGGACAGUGAGAAGCGAGGACAGUUGUCAGGUUUUAAUGCAAGUCAUGGCCAGCGGGUGUAAUAUGAAUGACGGGGCUGGCCUUUUUCAAGGGGACCGGUUGUCUGAAGGAGUUCAGGGGUGAGAUGCUUUAACGGGACUACGAGGCAAUGUCUGACUUGAACAUCGGAACGGGACAUGAGCCACUGCAUACUUGCAGAUACAUAUUAGUGUUUAAUAUUGAUACCACCACUCACUCGGGCCUGCG